AGUACCCCUUUGGAACUUAGAUACUUGGAGAGGGCCUAGCACUCAGAAAAGAUGGCAUCUCUCCCCCCAUUUGGAAUCCACUAAACUUUUCUUUUUCUUUCCUUAUAAAUUUUGAGAUGCUUCUCUAUUCUUCAAAAUUUUGCAUAUUUAGAAAUUGCUUCCUUUUGAUCCUUUGGUUCUCCUAAAACUACCUCAUUUGCCUGUCACAAGCCAAGCACCAGGAAAUUGGCAGAAGUCUUUGCCAAGAAAAUGGGAGUAAUAAUGUCAUGUAUUGGCAAGUCAAGCAAGAAUAUGUGCUUGGAUGACAAGAUUGAAAGGAAAAUAGUUGAAAUGAGAAGAUAUAAAUUUGCACAGAGCAAGUUGAAAUCAGUUGAUAGUAUAGUUAUGAUGUUCCCAAUGUUUAAGGAGAGGCUGAAAACGCUAAGAGGAAUGUUUGAACAGUAUGAUGAGGAUUCUAAUGGGUCUAUAGAACCCAAUGAGCUAAAGAAGUUCUUAGAACAUCUAGAACUUCACCUUAAAGAGCAGGAGAUUGAGAAUCUUUUUGAGUACUGUGAUAUUGAUGGAAGCAAGGGCAUACAGUUCAAUGAGUUCAUAGUUCUUCUAUGCCUCAUUCAUCUACUAGCCGAACCUUCAUCCUCUGUUAAUUCAUCUAAAGCAGGGUUAGAACAGUUUGGAGAAAUUUUCAAUUCCAUAGUUGAGGCCUUUGUGUUUUUUGAUCAAAAUGGUGAUGGGAAGCUUAACAAAAAGGACAUGGUCAGAACACUGAAUGAGACCAAUCCUCGUGAAAGAUCCCCUGCGCGCAUCUCUAAACACCGAUUUCAAGAAAUGGACUGGGACAAGAAUGGCCAGGUCACGUUCAGGGAGUUCCUAUUUGGUUUCAUUAACUGGGUUGGGAUUGAAGCAGAUGAAUAGAGAGAAGAGUUUGAAGUUAGAUUGUGCUAAAUGUGUGUGAGCUUGAUUUGUCUCCAUGUUGUUAAGACUGUGCUGGAGAAAUUUAUACACUUUGCUUGUGGAAUUGAAAACUAUAAAAUUGAAGUAUGAAUAGAAACACAUGAUUUUUUGCGAUGCUUCUGCAUAAAAA